AGGCGGUCUACAUAUACCUCUGAUUGACUUAGAAUAUCGCCUGCUCCACUUGGAAUAGCGUCUGCUUGACUUGGGAUAUCGUCUACUCCACUCCUUGGAAUAGCGCUGCUUGACUAGGGAUGUCGUCUUCUUGUCUUAGAAUAUUGUCAAAGGGGGGAAAAUGAGGAAUUUAUGAAGGUGUGAGCCUCAUACUUAUAGUUUAGUCUAUGAAGUGACCAUUUAAAAACUCGUUCGCUGCUCUCCCAAACAGCAACGAGUCUUAACGCUCUCUGCCGAACUAAAGAUUCCCUUUUAAUGGAGGAUCAUGCAAGCCGAUUGCUAUAUCAUUAUCCUGUAAAAAUGUUUGUGGUGCAGUAGAACUCCUCAACUGAACAAAAUGGCGACAGUGAACGGACCCCUUCUUCCCAAGAUAGACAAGGCCUUCAAUGUCGGCAGUGUUGGUAAUCUGGAGCACUCCAAAACGCACAUUGGAAAGCUCAGACGUUAUCUAAUUGAUAAUCCAAAGGACGAGGGACUGAAAAGGCGCGAGACCCUCUGGGACUUCCAGCAGAAGAAUAGAGGAGCAUUGGUACGAAUUAAAGGAGAAAUCAGUGGUAAAAUAAUAGUCAAUGAUCAGAAUGGUAGGACAUCUCCAAACAGUGACGAAAAUCAUCAAACAUUAGACAAAAGUAGUGAAAUUGAGAAAGGAAGAAAUUUUAAAGCGAUACAGUUUAAGAAGCUAAAAAGAAAACAGCGUUUAGAAUCGCGUGUGCUAUUGGGUUCCAACGACCUAUCAGACGUACGAGGCAAGGACCCCAGUGUGACAUACUCAACAUCUUUACGUAUAGGCAAUAACAUUUUCAACCAGAUGAAAGCCGCUGAACAACCAAAAUCCUCUUCACAAAAUAUGAUAUACAGUGACGACGUAAAGAAAGCUAUUGUUCGGUCUAUAGACAAAUUGCCCGAUCUAAGUGCGUCAUUGUCAAAACUCGGUUACCUCAAAAUGACCAAGAACGUUGUGCAUUAUGGUGGUGGGUUCUUCGGGCGGCAUUCCGAACGUCCUUAUGCCAAGAUGAGAAGAUCGUGGUCUACAUUAUCACCACCGGAAGUGCGGGAACGCAUUCAUGGACGAGUCGUUGCACCGACAACAGCACCAUCACAGGAGAACAAAACAGAAAACACUACAUUGUUGCUUCAAAAGAGAUUAGAGUAUUUAGACACACUUUCUAUUCAGCAGAGUACGUCACACAGAGCUUCUACGUCAUCGAGGGAUGAAGAGAGUGGCUCUGUGUCCACGACCGAUAACUCUUCGAAGAAAACGUCGAAGUCUUUGAUGAGUAAGACUACUCAGCAAACGACUUUGGACGACAAGAGAUCUUUACCAAUUAUUGAUCACGCCCGGAAAAGAGAAAAGAGAUUGCGAAAACUAAGGGAGCAACAGACAGCGCGUGUAUUUGCCCCAAUGAUCUCAAAACAGAGUCUUGAGGAGAAAAGAGACAAAACGGAACGGAAAAUAUUUGUUGAGGCGGCUGAUUCUCGACAGCGUAAGCUUGCAGUGAUUCGACGUGAGCGUUCAAAAGCUAAAUCUGAUUUAGAAAAUUUCAAAAGAGUUGUAUCUGAGCAGGGUUUAGAUUUACCAAAGGACAAAUAUGGACCGACCACCCACUCCAAGGAUAAUAAAAGACCGACUUUGUACGGCAGUAAUCCUUACCGCUGGACCAGCAAGACAAGCUUGUCGCUUGAUGAUCGGACAUGGGUCAAGCGGACAAUGCAACAGGCUGACGUUGUGGACCAUUCAGCCUAUGAAUCGUUCGCUAGGAUCAAACCGUCAACAUUACAAAAAGGGGGCACAGAACUAUCUCUCGAUAGACAGAAACGGUCGACUGAUGCGAAAAAGCUAGAAUGAUUGAAUUGAAGGAUCAAACCGUCAACAUUACAAAAAGAGGGCACAGAACUAUCUCUCGAUAGACAGAAACGGUUGACUGAUGCGAAAAAGCUAAUAUGAUUGAAUUGAAUGAUCAAACCGUCAACAUUACAAAAAGGGGGCACAGAACUAUCUCUCGAUAGACAGAAACGGUCGACUGAUGCGAAAAAGCUAGAAUAAAGGGGGCACAGAACUAUCACUCGAUAGACAGAAACGGUCGACUGAUGCGAAAAAGCUAGAAUGAUUGAAUUGAAGAGGAUCAAACCGUCAACAUUGCAAAAAGGAGGCACAUAACUAUCUCUCGAUAGACAGAAACGGUCGACUGAUGCGAAAAAGCUAGAAUGAUUGAAUUUGUAUUUAUAAGAAGUGAUCGACUUUAAUUUACAUUGAUUAAGUGUGUAUUAGUUUUGACGGUAACUACUAUACAUCACACACCAGACAUUAUUAUAGUCAACUGUUCAACCACGGGAAUACUUAUAGUCAAAUCUUCAACCUUCAGAAAAGUAAAAAAAAAAAAAGGAUAACUGUGCACGAGUAACCCACCUGCUGUAUAACUUUAGAACGUUUGAUAACCAUGUGUUAACCUGUAUUUCAGUAACAUAUGUAGUUGUGUCCAAGAUGAUGUAUUGCAGUAAUACAUACAACUGACGUCACAAACACCUAUGAUUAUUCUACUACUACCACCGUAUCUGACAUAUAGAGAAUAUAACCAACUCAUUAUUGUACAUUGAUGAAUUAAUUCCUUAUUCUGAUUGAUGUAUUAAAUAAUAACAACCAUUAAACCAUCUUAUUAUCUUGUUUUAUAAUUCGCAUAUAAAUUAAGUUACACAAGGGAAAGGGAGACAACCUGCUCAAAUCAUUGUUAACAUUUACGUAAAUAUGUUUAUUUCACGUGAAGGACAUACACGUUAAUGAUUAAACAUAUACUAGAGAAAACUAUGAUGUCAUGUUGGAUUAUAAUAUUAAAUAGAAAUGUUUUGAUUUAUAACAUGCUCACAUGAUAAAUAUUCAUAAGAUUAAUUGUGGUCCGAUCAGUCUACGUUAUUCAAAUGACAAAAAAAGGGAUUUUUCAUGAGCAAUAAAUCUUCAUCAAAAUCAUUUAACUCUUAUUUCCUUACUUAUUCAAGUGCGUCAAGGGACAUGCAUGAUGUCAAACAAAAGGUGCGUAGCGUUGUUAAAUAAUGAUUUAUUUGAUAACGUUACAAGCAUUGAU